AUGGUGCAAGUAUCAACGAUUCAGAGCCCUCGACAGACCGCCCUCGAGUCACGGGCUUUCUCGAGCCUCCAGGAUGCACAGGAGACGAAGGAAGGAACUGCAGAUAAUGCCGAUAAUGAGCGUGCGAGGGCGCCAGGAGGAGAACCGAAGGCCGAGCCAAACCCGAACGCAAAGUGUGAGGGUGCGGCUGUGGGUUUCCGGUGGCAUGUCAGACACACGCUGGCACUGGUCGGCUUUUUGUCAUUCGCGCUGGCAUCGGCUGUACGUGUCAGCUUGUCCGUCGCCAUCGUUGCCAUGGUUCAGCCGACGACGGUGGCAGCAGAAGCGAAAGGAGGGAAUGGCACAGACGCGGUGGAGGUUUGUCCCGGCGGAGAGGAGGCAGCGGAGGGAGCUGUCGGGAGUGGGGGGAGCGGAGAAUUCGCGUGGGACGAGCGAACGCAGGCUCGUCCUGGCAGCUACUUCUACGGCUACGUGGUCACCAACGUGCGGGGCGGGCGGGCGGCGGGAGCGGCUGGGGGGGGUCCGUGUUCGGGGUGGGGAUCGCCUCAGCGCCGCCCUCACCCUCCUCGCGCCCGCCGCUGCCAGGCUCUCCACGGCGCUGUUCGUGGGCGUGAGGGUACUCGUGGGCGCCGUGUGGGUGUUGUUGUUCCGUCCAUGAACAGCCUGCUCUCCCACUUGGGGUCCCCCCGGCGCCCCAGGGCCAAGUUCUCCACCAUUUGUGUUCCCGCUGAUGACUUGCAUAGUCAACAGGAGUGCUCUGAGAUUGACAAAGUCUCCCAGAUGACUCUUUGCACAUAUUUGAUAGUGUACUUUCGGCGAAGAGGCAAGACACACCUGCCAGGCGUACGAAACAUUGCGAUCAUUAGUAAAUUUUCAAGUUACAUGAAAAAUUGUGGUCCUUUCGGCGAAGAGGCAAGACACACCUGCCAGGCGUACGAAGAAUUGUGGUCAUUGAACCUAGACUUCGGUUUAAGAUUUCGUCCUGUGAUCGAAGCUUUUUCAGGAUGUUGCAGCGAGGAUUCUGAUAACAAAUUUCCACGCGGUUUUGCAGUUAUCUAUGGUUUAAAGAAUCAGAAACCGGGACCCUUUCCGUGGAGGAGUAUGAUGACGUCACUUCCGGUCUGGUCGCUCAUAAUAGUGCACGUCGGCCAUAACUGGGGUUCCUAUACCCUCAUGACGCAGAUACCGACGUAUUUGAAGAAUAUUCAGCAUUUUGAUAUGAAGAGUAACGGCCUGCUCUCUGCCUUGCCCUACCUGGCCAUGUGGCUCUUCAGCAUAGGGUUCAGCAUGGUCGUGGAUGCCAUGUCCUCCAGGCUGUCUAUACUCAACGUUAGGAGGAUUGCCAUGGCCAUAGCUUCGUACGGCCCCAUGUUCGGCCUGGUGGCGAUGUGCUUCGUCAACUGCGACGGCGUGAUGGCCAUGGCGGUCCUUUGCACCGUCGUGGGCAUCAGCGGCUCCUUGUACUCGGGCUACAUGUGCUCCCACCAAGACCUGGCCCCGAAUUUCUCAGGGACGCUGUUCGGGGUCACCAACACCCUGGCCAACAUCCCGGGUUUUGCGGCGCCUCAGCUCACGGGCGCCAUCACCAACGGGAAUCAAACCCUCGGCGCCUGGAGGAGAGUGUUCCUGCUGUCGGCUGCUAUCUACUUCGUCAGCUGCACUGUCUAUCUCCUCUUCAUCAGCGCCGACGUGCAGCCUUGGAACGAGCCGCGAAGGGAGGGAAAAAAGGACGAAGACGGAGAAGCGCCCCCUGACGUGAUAAUAAAAGCGGAAAAGGCAACAGACACUUGAUUUCUUUCUCCGGUAAAAAGGCGGACUAAGCAUUCCACACGUGAGCGAGGGAAUAUAUGUGAAUGUGUUUGUGUGUCUGUUUAUAUGUAUUGAUAUAUAUAUACAUUGCAUAUAUAUGUCUAUAAUGAUUGUAUGUCUAUAUAU